UCAGGAACUAAUCAGCAAGAAUGUCCCAAAAAGUGUGGUCCUGCUGCAAGUUUGAAAACAGAAAAAGCGGAGCGUAAUAUUCGUUAGUAAUUAUCAAAUAGAAAAUUGAACAGCACUCGUUCGUCAUCCUAGAGAUUUGGACUAUUAUCGCUCCCAUUUAUUUUGAUGCGUGUAUAUUUAAUGCUAUUUCAACAUGUACAUACUAGUCAAAAUUGUAAUAUCUGCAAAUAAAUAAUUUUAAUAUGCAAUUAAUUUAAAGAAACCUUGAAGCAUAUACAUAAUUUUGCUGUCCAUCCAUGUUCGUCCAAGUUCACAAUUUAUUUUAACUUCUUUAAAUUUCCUUGUCAACGGUUUGCACUCGAAAACAGACAGACUGGGCGAGUUAGAAAAAGACUCACUUUCGAAAAAAAUUAGACAGGAGCACAACACAAGUCCUUGCUCUCUCGCAAACUCCCGACUAAAUUUUUACCCCAACGCUACAUCCUCUCUCUCUCUCUCUCCACCCACCGCCGCACCCACAAUGAGUACUUGCCCAGUUACCACCACCAAGCGAUCUUCCAAAUGCUGCGAAAUUCCCGAACUUCCGCCUUGCCCACCAUGCCCACCGGCGAAUAAUUCCAAAGACUGCAAGGACGAAAAAAAGAACAAGUGUCCUCCCAUGCCUACCACAGAUUGCUCAGAUUGUAAACCGAAGUGGAUUGAAUGUUCGCCCAACGCCACAAAAAUGUACCCAGUUCCACAAGGAGUUCAAAUUCUUCCAAUUUCUGUUGGCGGACGUAAUCCAACGGGUGGAUCUUGUGGAAAAUGCGGACAAGAUAAACCUGCCGGAAAGCCCAAAGUCAGUGCAAACUGUCCCAUGAUGAAGCCAAAAUGCCCUGGACUUGCAAAAGCCGAGGACAACAGUCCAGGACUCUUUGCCAAACUUGCGUCUUUGUUCGGAAAGAAGUAAACGAGGUGAUUGGAUGAUGGCGUUGGAACAAGAAUCGAUAUGGACUAUAAUUUAUUAAAUCAAACAACUUUUAUCAACCUUACUUUCUUUCUAAACACUUUACAAAAAAACCCUUUACAUGAUUUAAUGCUAUUCUACUCAUGUCCUGUACACGUAUGAUACAAAUUCUUGUCCAAAUAAAGAAACUUACCCUAACCAAUACAUGAAAUCUGGUGUAUAAACUAUAGCUGAAUGUUUAAUGUUUAAUGUUUUAGUAGCUAACUGAAUAGUUCUUAAUAAUUUAAAAUAAUUAAAUUGGAUUAUAAUAGUUAUUUUUCCAUUGUCAAUUUAGUCGAUCGAUCAUGAUGAAAUUUUCUCACUUUUGUACUUCUACUUGAAAAAUGUAUCCCUGCCAACGGGUCUGACUUUCAGGCGAGACAAGAAAAUCAGACGAGACAAGAAAGUCCGAAUGUAUCGUCAGAGAAGAAAAAGUUUGCUUUGUCACAAAUUGUACACUGCUGACAUUGGACAUCACACUUCUUCCUCCCAACCAAACGUUAGCGAGAUCAACCACUCCCCCAAUCACCGGAUCACCACCAUCAUCAUGAGCAACUGUUCCAACUCCAAUACGCCCAAGUGUUGUGAGCCCCCCAAGAAGGCGUGCCCACCUCCGGCUCCACCACCAUGUACCAACCUCCCAGCUACCUUGACCUUCGCCUGUCCUGCAGAGGAGUGCAAACCGGUCCCGAAGCCACCCUGCCCUGAAAAACCGAAGGAUGACUGCACAUGCAUUGGCGCGGCCUCGGCCUGCGAAGAACCAAAACCAAAGAACAAUAACUCAGGUUGCAAAUGACGACUUGUCCACGGCCGCCUACUACUGCUGACCUGACUCUGCACUACCAUUGGACUGGACUGGAUACUGCGGAUUAGAUAUACGAUGACAAAAUUUUCGCUGUCAACAUGUACCAUUCGAUAUUUUAAACAAAUCUUUUGCAAAUUAAUAAAAUCAUAAACAAUA